CGUACCCAUCUUUUAGACCACCUUGCUUCAAUUUUCUGCAUUUCUUCCUGUCUAGAUUUGAGGUAAAAGAAGAGAGAAAAACAAAUUCAGAAACCACUUCUUCUGUCUUUAAUUUCCAUCCUCGCCGCCUCCUUUGUUUCCUCACCAGCUAGAUACCAUGGCGUACCCAAAUCAAUUGAUGUCAGUCGACUCUCCCCAGAGGAAAAUGGGAAGGGGAAAGAUAGAAAUCAAGCGGAUCGAAAACACGACUAAUCGUCAAGUCACCUUCUGCAAGAGGCGCAACGGCUUGCUCAAAAAGGCCUAUGAAUUGUCUGUUCUCUGCGAUGCCGAAGUUGCCCUCGUCGUCUUCUCUAGCCGCGGCCGCCUUUACGAGUAUGCUAACAACAGUGUCAAAUCAACAAUUGAGAAGUACAAGAAAGCAUGCACAGAUUCCUCCAAUGCUGGCUCUGUUUCUGAAGCUAAUGCCCAGUUCUACCAGCGAGAGGCUGCUACCCUGCGACAACAAAUUAUUAGUGUGCAGGAUUCAAACAGGAAAAUAUUGGGUGAGUCUUUGAGCAGAAUGAAUGUCAAAGAUCUCAAGAGCUUGGAGGGCAAAUUAGAGAAGGCAAUUAGUAGAAUUCGGUCCAAAAAGAAUGAGCUCUUGUUCGCAGAAAUCGAGUAUAUGCAAAAAAGGGAAGUUGACUUGCAUAAUAAUAACCAGCUUCUCCGUGCAAAGAUAGCCGAGAAUGAGAGAAGCUGCCAGCAAAACUUGAAUGGGAUGCCUGCAGGAGUAGGAAACUACGAGAUCUUGCACUCUCAGACAUUUGAUUCUCGAGACUAUUUCCAAGUAGAUGCAUUGCAGCCCAGUCAAGUACAGUACCCACGCGGCCAAGACCAUAUGGCGCUUCAAUUAGUUUAAAUUAUAUAUAUGCUAGCUUGAGGGACCAUGGUAAGUACUGCUGCUGCUUUUGUUUUCCAUGGAAGUGUAUCAAAUAUGUGAAUGUGACAUGACCAAACUGAUCGAGGUUGCGAUGUUGCAUGCAAAGUACUAGUGGUAUUGUAGACAGUCAUAUUAAUACUCCUAAGUUUGCUAUUAGAGAUAUUGGAUAUCUUUUCUCAAUGUUUAUGCAUUCAUGCACCAAGAUCAACUACUCUAUAACGUACGUACGUACUAACAACAUAUUUUUUUUUAUCGCUAGUUUGGUUUUGUCUUAAGAAUA